CGUGAUGCAGCCGCGGCGGCGCGCUGAGCGGGAGAGCGCGCAGCCCACUUGGUGUUUGGUGCUCUGCUGGUUGCGCUCGUUUUUCAGCGCAGUCGGUGUAUCAGAAGCGAGAAGUCCCGGGGUGUGUCGGUCUCCGCUGCGGGAUGGUGAGAAGCGGGAGUCGGUGAGAAGGCACGGGAUGUCGGCUCGGGGCCCCCCGGGGUCGGUUGUCCGGGGGCUACUUGCGGUUGCCAUCCUUUUAAUUGUCGGGAAGGAGCCAGUUGGAGCCGCAAAUAAAGCUGCAGGUUCAGGGUUCAGAACCUUCACCCCAUUCUACUUCCUAACAGAGCCAGCAGACGUUGUAACGUUGCGUGGGGCUCCUGCCGUACUGAACUGCUCUGUUCAUGCAGAGCCAACACCGAAGAUUGAGUGGAAGAAGGACGGUACAUUUCUCAACCUUGUGUCCGAUGACAGACGCAGUCUGCUCCCAGAUGGAUCCCUGUUCAUCACAAGUGUGGUGCAUUCUAAGCACAACAAGCCAGAUGAAGGCAUCUACCAGUGUGUGGCCACUGUGGACAGCCUGGGUAGCAUAGUCAGCCGCACAGCCCGACUCUCGGUUGCAGGCCUUCCCAGGUUCGCUAGCCAGCCGGAAGCCUCUUCCGUGUAUGUUGGGGAUAGCCUUGCUCUGAGCUGCGAUGUGAGUGCGGAGUUGGUGCCAUUUGUACAGUGGGAACAGAACCGAUUGGUGCGAGAGUUGGACAACAGGGUGGCAAUCCUAUUCAAUGGCAGUUUGGUCAUCAGCAAUGCCAGUGAGAGUGAUGCCGGGUUGUAUCGUUGUGCCGUUGGGAGCGGAGCCGCCCUGAAGUACAGCGAUGAGGCAGAGCUCAAAGUUCUUUCAGACCCUGGUGAAGAUAGACCGUUGGUGUUUCUCAGGCAGCCAUCACCUCUGACUAGAGUUGUCGGGCAAACAGCACUUCUAACUUGUGUGGUAUCCGGAUAUCCCACUCCUGUUGUAUACUGGAGCCACAACCAAGAGGAGCUCAUUCUGGAGAACUCUGAUAGGUUUGCCUUGCUUGCUGGGGGAAGUUUGCAGAUCAGCAAUGUCACAGAGGAGGAUGCUGGGAUUUACACGUGUACAGCAGACAAUGGGAACCAAACCAUCCAAGCUCACACUGAACUUAGCUUACAAGUGCCUCCAGUUUUCCUUGUUAAGCCUUCAAACACUCAUGCUUAUGAGUCUAUGGACAUUGUGUUUACGUGUGAAGUUAGCGGGAAGCCCACUCCCACCAUCAAAUGGGUGAAGAAUGGAGACAUGGUGAUCCCUAGUGAUUACUUCAAGAUUGUGGGAGAUCAUAACCUGCAAGUUCUAGGUUUGGUGCGCUCAGAUGAGGGAUUCUACCAAUGUAUUGCUGAGAAUGAGGUGGGGAAUGUACAAUCAGCAGCACAACUGAUUAUUUUAGAGCAUGGUAUUACCACCCCAUCCUCUCCUGUCUCCUCACUGACCCAUGCUACUGCUCACCAUGUAGCUGCCACACCGGGAGGCCCACGGCCAUCAUCCCCACGGGAUGUAGUGGCCUCUCUGGUGUCGACGCGUUUCAUCAAGCUGACUUGGCGUGUACCGGCUGAUGCUUAUGGAGAGAACCUCACCUACCAUGUCUACUACAGCAGAGAGGGUAUGAACAGGGAGCGAGUGGAGAAUGCCAGCCAUCCAGGUGAGAUGCAGGUUACCAUCCAAAAUCUACUGCCUGAAACCGUGUACUACUUCCGGGUGGUGGCACAAAAUCAGUACGGUCCUGGAGAAAGCUCCUCUCCUCUGAAGGUGGAGACACAGCCCGAAGUUCAAGUUCCUGGCCCAGCCCCUAAUCUCCGCGCCACAGCAGUCUCCCCCACAUCUGUUGAUGUCAGUUGGGAAACACCUUUAUCUGGCAAUGGGGAAAUUCAGAACUACAAGCUAUAUUACAUGGAGAGAGGCGCAGGGGACGAGCAAGAUAUUGAUGUUGGGGGCCACUCGUAUACUGUGAGCGGACUUAAAAAGUACACAGAGUAUACAUUUCGCAUUGUGGCAUAUAACAAGCACGGGCCUGGAGUAUCGACGCAGGACAUCUUAGUCAGGACCCUAUCGGAUGCGCCUAGUGCUCCUCCUCAAAACCUAACACUUGAGGUGCGCAGUUCACAGAGCAUCCUGGUGCAGUGGCAACCUCCUCCACCAGGCACUCAGAAUGGACAGAUCGUGGGAUACAAGGUGCGUUACCGGAAGACCACCAGGAAAAGUGAAACCAGUGAGAUUCUGGUUGAAACUCAAUUGUCACAGCUUGUCGCAGGUCUGGAACGUGACACAGAAUAUAGCUUUCGAGUGGCGGCCAUGACUGUUAAUGGGAGUGGACCUGCCACUGAAUGGAUGUCUGCAGAGACUUUUGAGAAUGACCUAGAUGAGUCUCGUGUUCCAGAUGUUCCAAGCUCUCUUCAUGUGCGCCCACUUGUAACAAGCAUUGUGGUGAGCUGGACACCACCAGAAAAUAUGCAUCAAGUAGUGGUCCGUGGCUAUUCAAUUGGCUAUGGCUUGGGCAGCCCUCACGCUCAGACUGUCCGAGUAGACCACAAACAGCGUUAUUACACGAUUGAAAAUCUCGAUCCCAGCUCGCACUAUGUCAUCUCCCUAAAAGCAUUCAAUAAUGUGGGGGAAGGAAUACCCCUGUAUGAAAGUGCAGUGACUCGCCAGCACACAGACCCUUCCGAGGUUGAUGUUGUUAUUGUUCAUGCCCCGUACACCCCAGUUCCAGAACCCAGUCCUAUGUUGCCCCCUGUGGGGGUUCAAGCAUCUAUUCUGAGCAGUGACACGGUGCGUCUUACCUGGGCGGAUAACUCCCUUCCCAAGAAUCAGAAGAUCACAGAUGCCAGAUACUACACUGCACGGUGGAAGACCAACAUUCCUGCAAACACCAAGUAUAAGUUUGCAAACAGCACCACGUUGAGUUACCUGGUUACUGGCCUCAAACCAAACACGCUGUAUGAGUUCUCAGUCAUGGUCACCAAGGGUCGCAGAUCAAGCACAUGGAGCAUGACUGCCCAUGGCACCACCCUUGAGUCAGUUCCCUCCUCUCCUCCCAAGGAUGUAACAGUUGUAAGUAAAGAAGGAAAACCAAGAACCAUAAUUGUGAACUGGCAGCCUCCGUCUGAGGCCAACGGCAAAAUAACUGGUUACAUUAUAUACUACAGUACCGAUGUCCAGGCAGAGCUCCAUGACUGGGUAAUAGAGCCUGUGGUAGGAAACCGUCUGACUCAUCAGAUUCAAGAGUUGACCUUGGACACUCCAUACUAUUUCAAGAUCCAGGCACGGAACUCCAAAGGGAUGGGCCCCAUGUCAGAAGCUGUACUCUUUCGUACCCCAAAAGAGUCGUCACCUUACAUGCCUAAUAACCAAGCAUCUGGUAAAGGCGUCCGCACUUCAGACUCUGGAUCCAACACUGGCUCAUCUCUUGGAGGCAAUAACAGCCACCAUGGCAGUCCCACCUCACUGGAUCAGAACAUGCUGCUAACUAUCAUUGUGUCACUUGGAGUCAUCACUGUCCUGGUUGCUGUGGUCAUUGCCGCUAUCUGUUCUCGCCGCUCCAGUUCCCAUAACAAAAAGAAGAGAGCAGCUUGUAAGUCAGCAAACGGAUCUCAUAAAUACAAAGGCAACUCAAAAGAUGUGAAACCACCAGACCUUUGGAUUCAUCAUGAGCGGCUAGAGCUGAAGCCAGUUGAUAAAUCCCCGGAAACCAACCCAAUUUUAACAGAUACACCCAUUCCUCGUUCUCCUCAGGACAUCACCCCUGGUGAUAGUACUACAGAAGGAAGCAUCCACCAGCACAGCAACUCGUAUCGUGGUCUGGAAUCUGAGGACUCUGUUUCCUCACUUGUUGGACGCCGUGCAAUGAGGCCGAAAAUAAUGAUGCCUUUUGACUCUCAACCCCCACAACCGGUUGUCAGUGCUCAUCCCAUCCAUUCCCUCGAUAACUCUCAUCAUUUUCGCUCAGUGCCUGGGUUCAUGCUGCACGUGCUGGGUGGCCCCCCGCAGGCUGCAGAAUCAGUCCGUCACGCCCCCAGUUGCGACACUGUAGUGGCAGCAUCGUCGUCAUCUCAGACCGGACCUGAGGAACCAGAUCCCCCGGGAGGAAGUUUUUUGCCUGGGUCAAUGGAUGAAGAUUCAGUUGCCAGUGUCCCUACUGCACACAUUCGUCCUUCUCACCCCCUUAAAAGCUUUGCCGUGCCAGCUGUUCCAGCUCCAGCCCCUUCAACGGGCUAUGAGCCUGUACUACCCAGUUCCCCUCUCCUGGCACAACAAGCCCCAACAGCGCUCUCAGUGAAGACUGCUUCUCUGGGGACUCUGGGUCGAGUACGUCCCCCUCUGCAAGUCACUGUGCCCAAUGCCCCUGAACCACUAGAGACCAGCAGGAUGCUGGACGGCUCAGAGAGCAGUUAUGAGCCAGAUGAACUAAGUAAGGAAAUGGCUCACCUUGAAGGGCUAAUGAAGGAUCUGAAUGCCAUUACCACCGCAUGAGAGAACAUGCCCCCACCCCAGAGGCGAACUUGACACUGUAUGAACAGAGGCAGCACAAACACUCCCAACACAGGUCUCUGUGCCCCAAACACCGUAACCGAUGAGGGUGUUGGGAGACCAGACUGUUCACUGAAGCAACUGCCAUGGCCUUGGCCCUGGUAUUCUGUAGAUUGUUGCUAUAAUGUCCUCUGAUUUGUAAGAUUUUUUUGGGGUUUAUAUCAAACAGAAGAGGAUUUUUGUGUAAUCAGUGGAGGAAUAUUGUGUAUCAACGUUUUUUUUAUUUUGUUUUUAUUAUAAUAUAUAUACUUUUCUUCCCCUAUCGGGCUUUCAGCUUACAGCUGUGGUUCAGUUUGUACGCUCCAUCACAUGGGCUGCAAGGCAUCUGACAAGAACUUUCCUGUUCCAGCCAUCGUUGCUUUUUGUGCAGUGUUCUCAGGCUGUGACACGGCAUCCGUCAGCAGCAAGUCUUUCUCCAGCCUCUGUGAGACUUUAAACAGUGUUACUCCCACACCAAACUUUGAUCUAAACCUUCUCUCCACGUUUCCGUCCACAAACCGUGCUCUGGACUUAUACAAGGCAUGACAAAAUUGACUCCUGGGGCAGAUGUAAAUUCCAUUUGCAGUCCUGCCCAUUACAUGAGAUAGCACUGUGUGUGCUGAAAACAUACAAGUCUACAUUUCAUUUGAUUUGGGGAAGCCUUCCAAGGGCAAGCAAUUUGUGGCUUCAUGCAGUAGCUGGAUGGGUCUCUCUUUAAGCAAGCUGGUCUCCAGCACUUUCAUAUGAUUAAGGCAUCCUCCAUCUCGUGUACCUUCCUUGUAGAUGUAUAAAUGGAAUCCAUCACCUUACCCUUACACAUCCUCCUGUACAUUGUCCUUUCAUCCCUCCAUUUCUCUUCCACUCCUUUCUGUACAGAAAAUUUGUUCUAUUUUUUUUAAUGCUUUUCUGUAGUGUUUAGAAUGUAUCCUUUUAUUGUGAGCCCGUUUUUUAUUUUGUUAUUUUAUUUUAUAACAUCAUGACUAUUAUUUGGUAUUGGAUUUCAAUACACUUUUUUAUUCAAUCAAA